GUCAGAUACAAGCACGCAAGACGCAAGUUCGCAACUCAGUUUUCAUGUAGAAUGGUAGUAAGUAGUGCCGUUCGUAAGGGAUGAAUCAGAUUAAAGUAAAAGUAUCAACAUCAUCAUCAUCACCAUUUUGAGGUGUGGAGGAGGAAGCUUCUGACAAGCUAUGUUUCAUGGGGUUUGGACAGAACCGUCCACCACUGAGGAAGGUCGGCAGAAAAACAUACAUCGGAGCUCUAAGCUGAAGCAUGAGGAGAAAAAUCCUUGUGUCAAGGAACAUGAAAUGUCCUUUAAGUGCUUAGAAGAAUCUUCUUACAACAGGAACACUUGUGGUGAAUACUUUGAAAACUACAAAAGGUGCAAAGAAUUCUGGGGCAACGUACGUUCAGAGAGACGAAGAGCUGGUAUUGUACCUCAUCUGCCACCUGCUGAGGAGAGAGACAGAAUCAAGGCAGAAUAUUUGGAAAACAGGAGAAGGAAAUAUCAGCAGCAACAACAGAAACAGCAAUAGCAGAUGAUCAUUGGAAACAGAUCAAACAUGGUUGGUUUGUAUGCAUUGACUCAGGGAGGUGAAAUUUUACACACAUGUAUAUGUACAGUAGAUAGUUCAGUUAGCAGUGUCUAGAUUGCCAUUGGUCAGGCUGAAAUCAUGCUCUGUUCACAUUAUUGAACAUUUUGAAUCACGAGUCAGCCUUUACUACAUUUGAACCUGAGGAUGGAAUGUGUGGUGUUUGAAAGGUCUCAACUUAUCUUGAGCUACAUAAGCUUUAAUCUGGUGAUCAUGAGUCCAUAAUAUGACCUGAGGCUGUAGUAAGUCACACACACACACACACACACACACACACACACACACACACACACACACACACACACACACACACACACACACACACACACACAUACCUACACUCCAAGGAAAGGUUUGGUGUAUUUUGGACUCGAUGUUAAAAGAAAAUUUUUCCUAUGUAGUCUUGUAUUUUAAUGUUAAAAUAGUCUGUCUCUCCUAUGACACUAUUUGCAUAUAAUAUAUGGUGAUGAUGAGCAAUUAAAGAAACAUAAGGAUU